AUGCCGCCGGCUGCUCUGGACGCCGCCAACGGCUGUCAGUGUCGCUGCGAGAUCUGCCUGGGAGAGCUCCAUGCUGGCCCCCAGCAGGCGGGGCCCCCGCCCCCCCGAGGCCCACCCCUCACCCCCAUUUUGUUUGGAGCUGAAUUUCGUCGGUUUUCGCUGGAAAGAUCAAAACCUGGAAAAUUUGAGGAGUUCUAUGGCUUACUUCAGCAUGUUCAUAAGAUCCCCAAUGUUGACGUCUUAGUAGGCUACGCAGACAUCCAUGGAGACUUGCUGCCUAUAAAUAAUGACGAUAACUACCACAAAGCUGUUUCAACAGCCAAUCCGCUGCUGAGGAUUUUUAUACAAAAGAAGGAAGAAGCCGACUAUAGUGCCUUUGGUACAGACACGCUGAUCAAGAAGAAGAACGUGCUGACCAACGUGCUGCGUCCUGACAACCACAGGAAGAAGCCACACAUAGUCAUCAGCAUGCCCCAGGACUUCAGGCCCGUGUCCUCCAUCAUAGACGUGGACAUCCUCCCAGAAACGCACCGCAGGGUCCGGCUCUACAAGUACGGCACAGAGAAGCCCUUGGGCUUCUACAUCCGGGACGGCUCUAGCGUCAGGGUGACCCCGCACGGCCUGGAGAAGGUGCCGGGCGUCUUCAUAUCCAGGCUCGUGCCGGGAGGUCUGGCUCAGAGCACGGGGCUACUGGCUGUCAACGACGAGGUCCUGGAAGUGAACGGCAUCGAAGUCUCAGGGAAGAGUCUCGACCAGGUGACGGACAUGAUGAUCGCCAACAGCCGCAACCUCAUCGUCACGGUGAGACCCGCGAACCAGAGGAACAACGUCGUGAGGAACAGCCGGGCCUCCGGCAGCUCCGGCCAGUCCACGGACAAUAGCCUUCUGGGCUGUCCGCAGCAGGCCGAGCCCGGCUUUGAGCCAGGGGAGGAAGACAGUGAUGAGGAAGACGUUGUCAUCGAAGACAACGGCGUGCCGCGGCAGAUCCCGAAGGCCGUCCCUCCCGCCGAGAGCCUGGAGUCCCUCACACAGAUAGAGCUCAGCUUCGAGCCUGGGCAGAAUGGCUUCCUCCCAGCCAACGAGGAGAGCUCGGCACCCAUAGCGAGCGGCACCAGCACAGACUUGGAGACGUGUGCCCCAGAGCAGAAGCUCUUGGAAGAAGACGGAACAAUCAUCACGUUGUGAAACCAUCCGCAGAAUGUUUUCUGAGGAUGCUGUGGGGACUUGUUAGUUUGGCUACUUAAAAGCAUGUAUACCUCUGGACCAGGGAUGUGGGAUAGGCCUGAGAAAGUGAGAUUGCAGGCUUAGAGUGUUAAGAAAAGAGUAGCUUGGUCACUGUUCGUGAUCUUGGGUGAGUCAGAGGUGAAUUCAAGUCUAAAACAAAGGGGCCUUUGCUGGUGGGGUUGUAUGCUGCUGUUUCUGUCUUGGACAGCUGGAUGUUAGAGCACAUUCUCGGCGCUGUGUGAGGGGCUAGGCCAUUUCUCUUGGAAGUGGUGUGUACUUAACCUGCUGUGCAGAGCCCGGUUCAUCUUUCCUUUAACUGUAUUUUAAAAAUUCUAAUGUGAAGAAGUCUGAUUCUGUCUCUCGGUACAUUGGGAACCCCAGUUCUGUGUUCCCCAUAUUUAAUUUAAUUUAAUAUAAUUUUCGCUGUUGUUGUUCCUGUCUUACUAAUGGUAGCACAUUUUCUCAAAUGCAUUUUUUUCCUAGUUUCUAAGACACUAGACCCCUUGGCUGCAUUCAGGAGCUGCCCACCUGUUACAAGCCUCACAGCUGGUUCCUGCGCGGGUUGUGGAAGCUGUCCUUUGCCCAUCCCAUAGCUGUCACGUUUGCAGACUGAUUCCAUGUGGUAUCAUCUAUGUCCUAAAGGCUGUUCUGUUGACUCUGGAAAGACAGGAAGGUUCCUCCUUCAGCCUCUUCUGUCCUUGUUCGUUGAAGUUGUUCCCUUUGUUGUUUAUGUGUUUUGUUGGUUGCUUUUCUACUCUUUUAGUGUAUUCAAGUAUGAAUCAUUUUGGAUAAAAAAA